UCCCUUCCUCGCUCAUAAAUAUCGAAUUUCAAAAGCAUAAAAGAAGAAACUACAUUCACAAUUGAUUCAUAAUAAAACUAAUCUAAUAAGAACCAAACUUAAAAUAAAGUUGUCUAUGAAAUAACUGAUAUAAGUGAGCUCCGGGCCGAAAACUCAAAUGAACUUGAAAAAAAUUUAAAUAAAUCAUUCGAAGAAGACAUAAAAAUAAUCCCGCAUAAAGGUAUAGAAAUAGAUGAUUAAGAAUUUCCUCCUUUAAAUGUCUAAAACGAAUUAAUUUAAAAAAAAGUGGCUCGAAUUGCAAUGUCUUCCAAAACUUAAAAAAAGCCUGACUCUUAAAAAAAUAAGCGAUAGCUUCUUCUUGAAAAAGAAGAAGAAAAAUAAAAAUAAAAACUCAUGAGAAAAUCCGCUGGAGAAGUCUGGGUCGAUUCUUCAAUGAAUUAAUGGCCAGAUUCUGACUAUAGAAUUUUUUGUGGAAAUCUAGGAAAUGAAGUAACAGAUGAUGUAUUAGCAAAUUCUUUUAAAAAAUAUCCUUCUUUUUGUAAAGCAAGAGUUGUUAGAGAUAAAAGAAGUCAAAAAACAUAAGGAUAUGGAUUUGUGAGUUUCCUUGAUCCUUAAGAUUUCCUUAAGGCUUUGAAAGAAAUGUAGGGAAAAUAUAUUGGAAAUAGACCAGUUAAACUUUAAAAGAGUGAGUGGGAAAAAAGGUCGUUUUCUAGCAAAAAAGAUGAUGAUUUAGGAAAUAAGUUCCUUAAAAAAGGCUUAAAGAAAACUAAAAUUAGUAAUAAGUUUUGAUUUUUUUUGUUUUUUAAAAAAAAAAAAUCAUACAAUAAGAUUUGUACAUAAUACUUUUUUAAAUAAAAUAAAGGAUUUUUUUAUUAUUUUUUUCAUAUUAUUUUG